UCGUGGAGCAGCUUGGCUGCUUUGUCAUAAACGGAGCGACGUAUUUUCCACCUGUCCUUUACCAGGAGUUAGCGAUCCCUCAACCCCUGCACUGCGCUAGUGCUAAAGAGGAAAUGUCUCUACGCUGCGGGGAUGCAGCCCGCACCCUGGGGCCCCGGGUAUUUGGGAGAUAUUUUUGCCACCCAGUCAGACCGUUAAGUUCCUUGCCAGAUAAAAAAAAGGAACUCUUACAGAAUGGACCAGACCUUCAAGAUUUUGUAUCUGGUGAUCUUGCAGACAGGAGCACCUGGGAUGAAUAUAAAGGAAACCUAAAACGCCAGAAAGGAGAAAGGUUAAGACUACCUCCAUGGCUAAAGACAGAGAUUCCCAUGGGGAAAAAUUACAAUAAACUGAAAAGUACUUUGCGGAAUUUAAAUCUCCAUACAGUAUGUGAGGAAGCUCGAUGUCCCAAUAUUGGAGAGUGUUGGGGAGGUGGAGAAUAUGCCACCGCCACAGCCACAAUCAUGUUGAUGGGUGACACAUGUACAAGAGGUUGCAGAUUUUGUUCUGUUAAGACUGCAAGAAAACCUCCUCCACUGGAUGCCAGUGAGCCCUACAAUACUGCAAAGGCAAUUGCAGAAUGGGGUCUGGAUUAUGUCGUCCUGACAUCUGUGGAUCGAGAUGAUAUGCCUGAUGGGGGAGCUGAACACAUUGCAAAGACUGUAUCAUAUUUAAAGGAAAGGAAUCCAAAAAUCCUUGUGGAAUGUCUUACUCCUGAUUUUCGAGGUGAUCUCAAAGCAAUAGAAAAAGUUGCUCUGUCAGGAUUAGAUGUGUAUGCACAUAAUGUAGAAACAGUCCCGGAAUUACAGAGUAAGGUUCGUGAUCCUCGGGCCAAUUUUGAUCAGUCCCUACGUGUAUUGAAACAUGCCAAGAAGGUUCAGCCCGAUGUUAUUUCUAAAACAUCUAUAAUGUUGGGUUUAGGCGAGAAUGAUGAGCAAGUAUAUGCAACAAUGAAAGCACUUCGUGAGGCAGAUGUAGACUGCUUGACUUUAGGACAAUAUAUGCAGCCAACAAGGCGUCACCUUAAGGUUGAAGAAUAUAUUACUCCUGAAAAAUUCAAAUACUGGGAAAAAGUAGGAAAUGAACUUGGAUUUCAUUAUACUGCAAGUGGCCCUUUGGUGCGUUCUUCAUAUAAAGCAGGUGAAUUUUUCCUGAAAAAUCUAGUGGCUAAAAGAAAAACAAAAGCCCUCUAAAACUUCAACAAGACCUUCAAGAUCAAAGAAAUUUUUAAAAUUGGAUUCCAGUUAAUAACAGAGGUGGUGCCAGAAUGCCUGGACUGCAGUGGAUGUACCCCACCUCUUUGCUUAAAAAAAAAAAAAAAAAAUGUCAAUAGCCAGGCGUAGUGGCUCACGCCUGUAAUCCCAGCACUUUAGGACGCCAAGGCGGGUGGAUCACCUGAGGUCAGGAGUUCGAGACCAGCCUGGCCAACAUGGUGAAACCCUGUCUCCACUAAAAACACAAAAAUUAGUCAGGUGUGAUGGUGGGCGCCUGUAAUCCCAGCUACUCGGGAGGCUAAGGCAGGAGAAUUGCUUGAACCUGGGAGGGGGAGGUUGCAGUGAGCCAAGAUCGCUCCAUUGCCCUCCAGCCUGGGUGACAAGAGCAAAACUCCAUCUCAGAUAAAAAGGAAAAAAAAGUCAAUAAACUGUACAAAUUUAAUUACAGUAAUUCAUUUGGCUUUUAGUGUAUCUUCUUUGUCCCAAUUAAACAGUUGCUUGCUGUGAUGUAAUCUUAAAA